CUUCACACUUAUUUGGGUCAGACAAACCUUAACGUAUUUUGAGAUCAUGAAAUUUUCAUCAAAAUUGAAGUGCUCGUCUUUUUAAUUCCUUCUUUUACUAGAGGAAAGGAACAUGCCCUAUAUUGACCCGCCAGUUCCGGUAGACAACUGAAGCGUGUCAAUUAAAAAUAAAAAACGGAAUCAAAGCGUGAAAAUAAAUAUAUGGAGGCAACGCGCGACACACUACACACUCGUGACGGCUGUGUGUACAUAAAACACACAUUUCAUCGUUGAAGUGGGCGGAGCUCAACUGCUUGACUUGAAACGUAACCAAAACACAAAAUGUUUCAAAUAAGGAUGUCCAUAGUGAGUCUUGAUAUGUAGUCUUGGGGGAGAUGAAAACCUUUUGUCUUGAUGAGGCAUUUUAUCUAAAUCUAUGAUACAGACAGUGGACAUUCAGUUCUUUGAGCAGGGCAAGAUGAAUGUGACAGCCGGCACUGUAUAAAGUUGAACAGUUUGGAAUUCGCUGGGCUUUGAAUUGAUCACUUUGGGCUUUUGACAAGAAACCCUCACUAUGGCUGCAGCUAUUCCUGACAAUUUUUCGUGGGUUGAAAAAGAGGUUCUUGCUGCUUGCGCUUUCCCAUCCAGCAUGGAGAAUGUUCAGUACAUGAUUGACCAUAACAUCUACACUCUGGUCUCACUGACUGCGGAGAAGCAAGUUUGUUCAGAUGGUAUCACGGAUGAGUUUCAAGUGAUUCGGAUACCUUUCCGUGAUUACACCCCACCAACUCUAGAACAAGUGGAACUAUUUCUUGAAGUCGUCAGAGAAACCAAAAGUAAAGCAAGGGCCACCUGUGUUCACUGUGCCCACGGCUUAGGUAGGACCGGCACCAUGCUGUCUUGUUACUUUGUCCAAACUAAAGGGAUGACUGACAUGGACGCCAUUGCACACGUUAGGCGACUGAGACCUGGAUCUGUAGAAACAGCUGAACAAGAAAUGCUGGUUUCACAUUUCUAUUCCUACUGGCUACAGAAACAGACGCAAGGGGAGAAAUCAGCUUCUCGAGCGCUGGUAGGAGAAAGCGAAACAAGCCCAUACUAGAUGUCUUGGAGACGCCUCUGCAUAUAACAGUUGUUUCUGGACAUUGGAGCUACAUCUUUGAUUCUUGUGAGCCAGACAAGUCAAAGGCGUGUCCUACUCAGCCUUGUCUUUGUUUUCUUAGAGUCUUUAUAUAUCAUUUGAAGACUCUACACUUAAGAAGUAUGGAUACCUUAAACUAAGACUUAACUGAUUAGCACAAGGCUUUGUGCAGCACUACAAGCAGAAUUUCAUUUUGGUCACUAUGUAGUGCUAGGUUAGAAUACUAUUUACACUAAUUUACGGUGUUUACAAACAUGUAACUUAUGGAAUGAGAACAAUAUAAAACACUAUUUAAAUAAGAGUAGGUAAAUAGAAGGCACUUUUAUGACUCUGGAUGGUCUUGGUGUUACUGCUACCCUGUGUGUUGGUGCCCAGGCCAGAGUUUUCACUAUUUUCUCACAUUAAAUCUACUGUAUCCAACUCUUUAGAAACCUUCCAUGUUGAUUCCUCCUUCAGUGUUUCAACUCUUAUUAGAUUCACAUUUGUAGUUAUGCAGCAUUCAACAAUGUAGGACCAGAGCUCUACUUGGUGCAUCACUACAAGAUCAUUAGGUUUUAAGGAAUAAACAAAAAUUGUCUCUUCUUCCACCCUACACCCUGUGGCCAAAUCAAAGGCAAAAAAAAAAAAGGGGGGGGGGGCUUAA